UGUGGUUUGGGGGCACUGGCCACGAUGGGGCUCUCCUGCCUCCGAAUGUGUGCUUGCGCUUGAGAGAUGGCGUCUGAAACUCAGGUGUAUGAGAUGAUGUCAGGCUGUGGGUACAGGUGGGUACAGGUGUGGGUACAGGAGAUGGCCUAUGAGGGCAGAGGGACUGCGCGAAUGCUCUGAAGCUUAGCAAUGUGAAAAUGCGGGCGACGUCUGUGUUCUGUAACGCUGUGUGUGUGUGUGGGUGUGGGGCAGGGAGUUGAACUGUUUAUAGGAUUAAGUGUGUGACCAAGAGGUUGUGGUGUGGUUGUCUCUCUGCCCGUCGGAUGGAGCGGUAGCCAGGUGGGCCCUGUGGGGCACAGGCUGGAUGUGUGGGGUGUGAUGUGUCCGUGAUGGUCGUCGUCAGCUGUGUGAUUGUGUGCACCUUGCCGAGCCUGGGAAGGGGCCUUUGAGCGCAGGAGCUGGUGUAGACCGUGGGAGCUGGUGUAGACCCAGAGAACAGCCCAAGUGAUGAGGUCGAGCCGUGCCUGUCACUGUGACUGUUACUGGGCGGGGCACAGCUGUCUGAGAUUGUACAUGUCCACAAACUUGUGUGAAUGAUGGUUGUGGUUGGCUCAACGAACUCGCGUGGCUGUGAGGUUGACCAUUUCUGUGGCUUGCAUGUGAAUUGCACGACUAAGUAUGGUGUGGGUGUGAAAUACGUACACACACGAACGUACUACAUAGAGAUUGGUAAAUGCACAAACACGUGUAUACAUAGAGAACGACCGAUGGUGAUGGAGGGGCUGCAGUGUGGAAAACCUGCAGGAUUACAUGCCUUCCCUUACUCUAGGUCUAAGUGGGUGUGAUCGCGUGCCGGUGCCAAAAGCGCUGCUUCUGGUGGGCGCCGUGGCUUGAGCAAAGUAAGCCUGGGAGGGGCUGUGUGUGGAGAGCAUGGCACUACCUGUGCGUUUCCACGGCUGUCUGUACCAUGGCACGCACUUGCAACAGUGUUAAGAGUCUGGGCUCAGGUCAUUUGCACACCCAGGUGUGAAGCUCUCGGUGUAUUUGUGUGUGCAUCUGUGCAGGCGUUAUGAAUCCUUAGCCGGACCGGCCAGGGGUGGGGUUGGGGAGGUGAUGGAGGAAGCAGGGAAGGUGGCGACGGGUCCACAGUGAAUCCUGGCAGUGUGUUCUACCGUGGGCAGCAGUGCCAGGAGUCAGGCCAGAUGGGAGGGAUUUGCUUGUGUUUUGCAGGUGAGGGAGGAGACAGAGGGUUAGCUUCUUCGUGUGCUGGCUUCUGUUUCUGAAAGGAAGGUACACCUGUGCGUUGGGUUGUGUUUCUCGGAGGGGACUGUGCGUGUGUUCUCUCUCAAAAAAGAAGGAGCAGCCAUGUCCGUGCAGGUGGCCACCCCUGGAGGCCUGGGGCUGGGCCCAGAGCGCCUGAGCCCCGAGGAGCUGGUGCGGCAGACGCGGCAAGUUGUGCAGGGGCUGGAGGCCCUACGGGCAGAGCACCAUGGCCUGGCUGGGCACCUGGCGGAGGCCCUAGCGGGACAGGGCCCCGUGGCUGGCUUGGAGCUGCUGGAAGAAAAGCAGCAGGUGGUGAGCCACGCACUGGAGGCCAUCGAGCUGGGGCUGGGCGAGGCCCAGGUGCUGCUGGCCCUGUCUGCACACAUGGGUGCACUGGAGGCCGAGAAGCAGCGGCUGCGAGCACAGACCCGGCGGCUGGCCCAGGAGAACACAUGGCUGCGGGAGGAGCUGGAGGAGACGCAGCGGCGGCUGCGGGCCAGUGAAGAGGCUGUGGCCCAGCUGGAGGAGGAGAAGAGCCACCUGGAGUUCCUGGGGCAGCUGCGGCAGUACGACCCGCCUGCAGAGAGCCAGCCGCCCGAGUCCCCGCCUCGCCGAGACAGCCUGGCCUCCCUGUUCCCCAGUGAGGAGGAGAAAGGUCCUGAGGCAGCGGGGGCCGCCGCGGCCCAGCAGGGUGGCUACGAGAUCCCUGCCCGCCUUCGGACCCUGCACAACCUCGUGAUCCAGUAUGCAGGGCAAGGCCGCUAUGAGGUGGCUGUGCCACUGUGCCGCCAGGCCUUAGAGGACCUCGAACGGAGCUCAGGCCACUGCCACCCUGACGUGGCCACCAUGCUCAACAUCCUGGCGCUAGUGUACCGGGACCAGAACAAGUACAAAGAGGCCACAGACCUGCUCCACGAUGCCCUGCAGAUCCGGGAGCAGACCCUGGGCCCUGAGCACCCGGCGGUGGCCGCCACCCUCAACAACCUGGCCGUCCUCUACGGGAAGCGGGGGCGUUACCGGGAGGCGGAGCCCCUGUGCCAGCGCGCCCUGGAGAUCCGUGAGAAGGUCCUGGGCGCCGACCACCCGGAUGUGGCCAAGCAGCUCAACAACCUGGCCCUGCUCUGCCAGAACCAGGGCAAGUUCGAGGAGGUGGAGCGGCACUACGCCCGGGCCCUGAGCAUUUACGAGGCCCUGGGGGGGCCCCACGACCCCAACGUGGCCAAGACCAAGAACAACCUGGCCUCAGCCUACCUGAAGCAGAACAAGUACCAGCAGGCGGAAGAGCUGUACAAAGAAAUCCUCCGCAGGGAGGACCUGCCCGCGCCCCUCGGAGCCCUGAAAACAGGCACAGCCGGGGGUGCAGAACAGCAGAGGCUUCGGCGGAGCAGCUCCUUCUCCAAGCUCCGGGAGUCCAUCCGGCGGGGAAGCGAGAAGCUGGUCUCCCGGCUCCGAGGGGAGGCGGCGGCAGGGGCAGCGGGGAUGAAGAGAGCCGUGUCCCUCAACGUGCUGAACGUGGAUGGGCCAAGGGCCACUGGGCUCCCGUUCUCCAGCCGGCACCUAAGUGAGGCUUCCCGGACCCUCAGCGCCAGCACCCAGGACCUUGGCCCUCGAUAAAGGCGACAAGACCACGCGGCCGCAGCAUCUCGGGAGGAAUGGGAGAGGGUGGGGAGGGAAGGGGAGCCUCCCACUGUCCUUUCUCCUGCCAUUAAAGGCUGUGGAUGUGGCAG